GAUCCGAUUUGCCAAACGGAAGUCACGUUGUAGCGCAGCGUAGUGCACUUGAUUUAAACAUGCCUCAAUGUGCUUCAUGCCUCUGAGAAAUAUUUAUAAUAAACAUUUUGUAUUUGUACAUUAAAACAUCAUGAAGUUUACAUAUAAGUUCAGUAAUCUACUUGGUGCAGUUUAUCGUAAGGGGGAUUUAAUAUUUUCUCCAGAUGGAUCUUCAGUUAUUAGUCCAGUGGGAAAUCGGAUAACGAUAUAUGAUUUGAGGAACAACAAGUCAAAUACAUUAAACAUUGAGAGUCAGUAUAAUUAUACCAGCAUAGAUUUAUCACCUAAUGGACUAUUAUUAAUUGCAAUCAAUGAAGUGGGUGAAGCUCAUAUAAUUAGCAUGAUUAGUAAAAUGACAAUACAUAAAUAUAGGUUUAAACGACUCGUAAGAUGUGUAAAAUUUUCUCCAGAUGGUAAACAUUUUGCAGUGUGUAAAGAAAAUAAUGUAUUUAUUUUUAAUGCACCUGGUUUGCAAACAGGUCAAUUUAAUCCAUUUGUUAUGGAACGUGUAUUUCAUGCAGCUAUGGAUGACACAACUUUCAUUAAUUGGUCUUAUGACUCAAAAUUAUUAGCUGUAGGUUCUGAAGAUAUGGCUACAAAAAUUUACAGUUUAGACAAAUAUGCAAACUUCAGAUACAUUAAUCUUGGUGGUCAUUCUGAUGGAAUUGUAGCAUGCUUUUUUGAAAAGAAGAAUUAUGAUUUGAUUACAAUUAGCAAAAACGGGCAAUUGUGUAUUUGGGAAUGUACAAUUGAUCCAGAAGAUUUAAUGCCAGUGGAAGUACCUCCAACUAAGAGAAACAAAAUAACAGAUAGUGACGAAGAAGAUGAUGUUAAUAUUGAAGAAACCAUAGAAAAAACAGACAAACAGACCAAAGCUUACGAAGACAGUUUACUAAAACCACGAGAUUCAUCUGAAUCACUUGUAAAGAGUACUGAAGACGAGACAGAAACCAAACAAUUACGUUAUAUUAAACUGGGUCGUCAUUACUUAGCUAAUGAUGUUCAAAAGCAAGAAAAGAUAAAAGUGACACUCACUGCAGCUGCAUAUCAUCAGCAGACUCAUAUCCUAGUAGUAGGAUUUAGCAAUGGUUCAUUUUAUUUAUAUGAAAUGCCUGAUGUAAAUAUGAUACAUUCUCUAAGUAUAUCAGAUCAACGUAUUACAUCUAUUGCUAUAAAUCCAACUGGUGAUUGGAUAGCCUUAGGAUGUUCUACGGCUGGCCAAUUAUUAGUAUGGGAGUGGCAAAGUGAAACUUAUGCUAUGAAACAACAAGGUCACAGUAAUAAUAUGAACUGUUUAGCAUAUAGUCCGGAUGGUCAGUACAUUGUUACUGGAGGUGAUGACGGAAAAGUUAAAUUAUGGAACACCAUGAACGGAUUUUGUUCUAUUACGUUUCAAGAACAUACAUCUGCAAUAACAGGAGUAAUGUUUAGUCAUAAUAGGAAAUUUAUUGUUUCUGCAUCGCUUGACGGAACUGUUAGAGCUUAUGACUUAGCAAGAUACAGGAAUUUUCGAACUCUUACUUCUCCGCGACCUGUACAAUUUUCCUGCGUUGCUUUAGAUUCAAGCGAUGAGUUUCUUGCAGCCGGAGGCCAAGACAUUUUUGAAAUUUAUUUGUGGAGCGUCAAACUAGGCACACUUUUAGAGAUAUUGAGUGGACACGAAGGUCCAGUCGCCAGUUUAGCAUUUAAUCCAAGUGCCACAAGCACAGAAUUAGUAUCUGUAUCUUGGGAUAAAACAUUAAAGAUAUGGAACGCGAUUGAAAAUGGUUCCUCACACGAAACGAUACAGUUGACUGCCGAUGGUUUAUAUGUUACGUACAAACCGAAUGGUGAAGAAGUAGCAGUGGCAACUUUGAAUGGGCAAAUCUCAUUUUUCCAUUGCAAAACGGCGACGCAAAUUGGUAGUAUUGAAGGAAGAAAUGAUUUAGGUAGUGGCAGGUCUGAUACUGAUCUUAUUACGGCUAAGAAAAGUCUGAAGGGCAAGGCCUUUUCUGUUCUUUGUUACUCAGCUGAUGGUACGUGUAUAUUAGCUGGUGGACAUUCUGUAAAUAUAUGUAUUUACAAUGUACAAGAAUUUAUACUUAUGAGAAAAUUUGUUAUAACACAAAACAAAUCACUGGAUGCAGUUGAUGAUAUUAUAAAUAAGCGAAAUUUAACAGAAUUUGGAAAUUUGGCGUUAGUAGAAGAACGCGAAGAAAAUGAAGGAGGAGAGGUAAAGUUACGAUUACCGGGCGUUAAAAAUGGCGAUAUGGCAAGCAGAAAUAUAAAGCCAGAAGUUAGGGUAUAUAGUUUACAGUUUUCCCCAACAGGACAGGCGUGGGCUGCUGCGACAACGGAAGGAUUAUUAUUAUAUUCAUUAGAUGCUGGAUUAGUAUUUGACCCAUUUGAAUUAGAAUUAGGAAUUACGCCAGAGAGCGUGCAAAAAACUUUAAGUCAAAAGCAAUACGCAAAAGCGUUAAUGAUGGCUUUGAAAUUGAAUGAAAAAUUGUUAAUAAAAUGCGUUAUAGAAAAUAUUCCAUGUUCAGACAUUAAUUUAACUGUGAUGGGCUUAUCCGAUAUUUACGUCGAAAAAGCAUUAAAAUUCAUAGCGUCAGAAUUGGAAUAUACCAAGCACAUACAUUUUUAUCUUCUUUGGAUAGAAGUUAUACUAACUAAUCACGGAACAAAAAUAAAUACGGCUCUUCAAAUGCCGAUACUGCUGACGUUGCAGAAAAAUAUGCAGAAGAAGUACGAUGAUCUGAGUAAAAUAUGUGAUUUUAAUCAAUAUACGAUGAGUUAUUUGAAAAAAGUUGGCGCUUUCAAAGCUACAAAUAACAAUUCUAUGGAAAUUGAGGAAAUUGAAUAGAAAACCAAAAAUAAAGAAAUAGAUUACUUUUUAUAUAUUUAAUGAAUAACUG